ACUUAUUCUUCUUCUUCUUCUUCUUCCACAAUUUUCCCAAUAUUGUCACAGCCCUCAAAGCUCUCAUCAACAAUGGCGACGGAACUCAACCAUAAGAAUUUCCCUGUUCUCUCUUACGUACUGGAUCGUAUCCCUUCCCUCACCGCAAAAUCUUCUCCCGAUGUCGACCGAUCAUCGUCUUCAGCUUCCUCCUCCAAAUCCGAUCCCUCUUCUUCCUCAUCUGCAAGCCACUCCAUCGAGAUCGUGACUCAGAUGCCUCACUUGGCUCAUCCCGAUGUUCUUGCCUCCAUGACUAACGCUAUAGCCGACGUCUCUCAGACCCGAUCCGUUCUUCGAACCCUAGGACCUAGACCCGAUCACGAAACCGUCGACAAAGCUCGUGCAAGGCUCGUUGAGAUCGACGCUUCUUUGUCUGAAUCUUUCGAGGAGAUCGCUCUCUCCCCGAAAGAUAGUGACGUGGCGGAGAAGGAACAGAAGAGGAGAGAAGCUGUGGAAGUAGAGAAGACUUGGUAUAACUCGAUCUUGAAGCUUAACGAGCUUCAUGAAUCUUACGAGAAGCUUUUGAAAGAAGCUGAGGAGAGGCUCGUGAGGAUCUACGAGUCCGCGGAGAAGAAUGCUGCGGCGGUGGCUGAGGAAGAAGCUGCGGAGGUUGAAGUCAAUGAAGAGGUUGUGAGUAUAUUGCAACAAGCUGCUUCUGAGAAUCCAAUUGACCGAGUUGAUUUGUCUGGUCGGAAACUGAAACUGCUCCCUGAAGCAUUUGGAAAGAUUCAAGGUCUCCUUGUUCUCAAUCUCUAUAACAAUCAGCUUGUGGCCAUUCCUGAUUCGAUAGCCGGGUUGCAAAACCUUCUUGAACUCGAUGUUUCCACGAAUUUUCUGGAGACAUUACCUGACUCGAUCGGUUUGUUGUCUAAAUUGAAGAUUUUGAAUGUCUCUUGUAACAAACUCACAACUUUACCAGAUUCCAUCUGCCAUUGUGGAUCGUUGGUUGUCUUGGACGCGAGCUACAACAAUCUUACCUACUUACCAACAAACAUUGGAUUCGAGCUAGUGAAACUAGAGAAGCUCUUGAUCCAUCUCAACAAAAUCAGAUCCAUACCAACUUCUAUUGGCGAAAUGAGAUCCUUGCGUUACCUUGAUGCGCACUUUAAUGAACUCAACGGUCUUCCAAGUUCUUUCGGGAUGCUCACAAACCUUGAGUACCUUAACCUGAGCAGUAACUUCAGCGAUCUCCAAGAUCUCCCUGCUUCAUUCGGGGAUCUAAUAAGCCUCCAAGAACUUGACUUGAGUAACAACCAAAUCCAUUCUCUUCCAGACGCUUUUGGCACGCUUGUGAACCUGACCAAACUGAACUUGGACCAAAACCCGCUCGUGGUUCCGCCUCAGGAAGUGGUGAAACAAGGCGUGGAUGCAGUUAAAAUGUAUAUGGGUAAGAGAUGGGUCAGUAUGUUGGAAGAGGAGGAGAAGAUGGCUAAUCUGAAGGAUGAGAUGGAUCAGACAAACGCGGAUUGGCUCACCCGUACCACCUCUAAGCUGAAAACGUAUGUUACCGAGGUUUCGGACUAUCUUGGCUCGACUUCGCCUAAAGAUCCUUACCUUGACCAGCAGCUGUGAAUUGUGGCUUUUCUUGUUGAUGUCUGAAGAAACAGUUUCCAAGAAGCUCCACUUCAGGUUUUGAGUUGUCCUUCCCCUGCUGCACUGUUUCGGUAUAUAGAUUUUGCUCUUUAGUUUGUUUCUGAUUUUUUAUGUUAUUAUUUUUAUAUUUCUCAUAACAUUUCAUUUAUUUGUUUACUAUAUUUUCUUCUUAUAAAAUGGUAAACAGUUUCUCUUUUUUAUGUAUGCUCUUCAACAACUUUGAGCGAUGAAAACAUAAUUUUUUGUAA